GCGACUCCGGAGUCCAGUGAAUUUCCGACGCUGAAGUUGAAUCGAAGUCUGAUAUCGCUUAUCACAGUCAGUCGCGUUUCUUCACUGGAACAGUCGACAUCGUUUUAAAGUUCUAAUUACGAUUUUCCCCAUAAAAUCUUUGUUCUAAUUAAUUUCUUAAACCCAGAAAACUCAGCAUGGCAGCCAAAAAGAAUGUGUGUAUUAUCGGUUCCGGAAACUGGGGUUCGGCGAUUGCGAAAAUCGUUGGAGCAAAUGCCAAAGAAUUGGAUUCCUUCGAAGACCGAGUUACCAUGUAUGUUUAUGAAGAAAUGAUCGAAGGGAAAAAAUUAACUGAAAUCAUCAAUGAAACGCACGAAAAUGUAAAAUAUCUUCCAGGUCACAAAAUUCCCGAGAAUGUGGUUGCUGUUCCAGAUGUUGUGGCGGCAGCGAAGCAUGCUGACAUCCUUAUUUUUGUUGUACCUCAUCAAUUUAUUCGAAAAUUAUGUAGCUCACUUUUAGGAAAAAUUAAACCAACUGCAGUUGGUCUCUCACUCAUUAAAGGUUUCGACAAAAAAGAAGGGGGUGGCAUCGAACUGAUCUCCCAUAUAAUUGCAAAGAAAUUGAAUAUUUCCAUGUCCGUUUUAAUGGGAGCAAAUCUCGCCUCAGAAGUCGCAGACGAGAUGUUUUGCGAAACGACCAUAGGAUGUAAGGAUAAAGUCAUCGGUUACAUUCUAAGGGACAUUAUCCAGACCUCAUAUUUUAGAGUCGUAGUUGUGCAAGAUGUCGCCUCUGUCGAAUGUUGUGGAGCAUUAAAAAAUAUAGUGGCCUGUGGUGCCGGUUUCGUCGACGGUCUCGGCCUUGGCGACAAUACAAAAGCCGCUGUCAUCAGACUGGGACUUAUGGAAAUGAUUAAAUUCGUGGAUAUUUUCUUCCCCGGAGGAAACCUUUCGACAUUUUUCGAGAGUUGUGGAGUAGCAGAUCUCAUCACCACUUGUUAUGGCGGUAGAAAUCGUAAGGUUUCGGAAGCCUAUGUGAAAACUGGCAAGAGUAUCGAGGACCUGGAAAAGGAAAUGCUGAACGGUCAAAAAUUGCAAGGACCCAUCACUGCCGAGGAGGUGAACUACAUGUUGAAAUUAAAAAAUAUGGAAGCUCGAUUCCCACUUUUCACAGCAAUUCAUCGUAUCUGCACCCGAGAUCUGGAGCCCACAGAUCUUAUCGACUGUAUUCGAACCCAUCCGGAACACAUGGACGAUGGCGAAAAAUCGCAGAAUACUCAUCUCUCUUCUCCAAGAUGUCACCUAUAAAGAUGAAUGACUCAAGAGAGCAGAAAGGUUUCUGAAAAUGUGAAACAAAACGUAUACGAUUUUUAAAUAGUGCAGCAGAUAGAAUAAGAUUGCGGUUUUGUAGAAUUAUUUUAAUUUUGUAAAAAGGAUUUAUUUUAAGGACAGUAACGAAUAACUGUAUCUAAAAAUUGGGAAGGGAUAUUUAUUUUUAUUUUAUUUUUUUUUGUUGCUCACUUUUAUAUAAACUUUUUUACUUUUUUAUACACCAGUGACUAGCAAAACCAUAUUGAAGCCCAACUAGUCGUUUUUAAGGGGUUGCAGUAUGAAUUAUGGUAUAGGAUAAUUUUUUUUAUUUUUUAAAUUUAGAAAAAAAAAUGUUUCAGUUUUAACUUUAAUUUCUAUUUUUAAUUAGUCUAAUAUUGACAAUAUAAAGUUAUCGGGAUCACACAUGUCAAGUAUUUAUAAAUUAUCAUUAGACUCUAAUUAUCGAAUGUGUUGACGAAGAAGAGUGUUAUUGUAAAUUUUAAUUAACAAUAAUGUGUCGAACAUACAACAAUUUUAGAUUAAUCAGACCCACGUGAAAGUUUGUCAAAUUGUUUAACAUUAAGUCUUUUUAUUAUUCAUUUUAACUUUUUCCUUUUAAUU